CGUUUUCGUGAAAUUGUAUACGUCUUGUAUGCACGGUCAUUUUUCUCAGUGCGCACUUGACACCUCUUUCAGUAUUUUUUAUUUUUAUUUUUAUUUUUAUUUAUCUCAUGCGGUUUCUCCCUGCGUUAAAACACUACAUUUUCAAAAUGUUUUAAAAUAAUAAUAAUAAUAAUAAUAACCUGCUAGCGCUGAUUUGAUAAAUGAACACUUGUGCGCUCAAUGUCAGAGUUACUAGAGGUGAGGGCUGUUUUGCAGCCACGCCCCCUGCUAUGGGUACGGCUGCUGAAAUCUCGAUUCUGAUUGGUCGGACGGUGUUGCUUAAGUGGGGACACGUGACGUCACAUCGUUAUAGGAACGCCCACCUGGAGGGCAAAACGCUGCUUUCUUCCGCACGCCAGUUAUCAUCAUCAUCAUCAUCAUCAUUAUUAUUAUUAUUAUUAUUAUUAUUAUUAUUAUUAUUAUUAUAAUUAUAUUUUUACCAGAUUUGUUUAGCCAAAAUGCCGGAUACUUGUUGUUCAGUCAUAUGCACUGACCGACGAGGAAGCAAGCCUGGGUUGUGCUUUUACAGAAUCCCGUCCGAGAAAGAAAACCCAGAGAGGAGGAGAUUGUGGAUUUGUGCCACUGGACGUGUCUCCGUCCCUGGCGAGGAUAAAAAAUGGCGACCAUCAAAGUCCACGCGUCUUUGCAGCGAACAUUUCAUCACAGGUGCCAAAUCUGAUGACCCGUUGUCCCCUGACUGGGUUCCGUCCAUCUUCUCGCACACAAAAUCCACCAGGAAGAGAAAAAGGGAGAAAGACAUGGAACGAUAGAAGCAGCGCAGCAGAUUGCAGAACAAGAGGAAAAACCAGCAAGAUGCAAUGGAUGUCCUCCUAAAAUUGUCAUCAAUUGUGUCACAUGCUGCACUUGCGCCACCUGCUGAGAAGGAACAACAGUGUGACAACAAACCAUGCAUGGAAAAGUUUACGAGAUUAGAAAAGGAAUGUAAUGACCUCCGAGAGGAAAAUUAUAGGCUGAAGGACAUAAUUAUAUCAGGAAUAUUUGAUGAACGGGCUUUUGAAGAAAAGUCCUACAAGAAUUAGUGAGCCGCUGUUGUAAGGAAUGAAUCAACACCUUCUGACCAAUCAGAAUCGAGAAUUCAACAGCGCUGUGGAAUUCUGUAACAGCGUCUCUGACGGUAGUUCCGGUUAUAUUGUAAAUCACGGGUUUAUAUUGAUGUGCUUCCACAGUGUCUGUGAUUUGUUUUUGGUUUUUUUGUUUUGUUUUGUUUUUUCCCCAUAACAUG